AUCAGAGCGCAGCGAGUGGCGUCGAAUCGGGAGAGUUCGGGAUGGGACGAGGUAAGCACGAUUUGCUUGCUUCGUGAAUCUUGCAAUCCGCUUCAAUUCAGUCAGUUGAGAAAGAUCGCUUUUGGUGGAAUGUUGUGUUUCGACGCUGCAGUUUAUAUCUAUCGUAUAUAGGCAGCAUUAAGUAACUGUUUACCACAAAAAUCGGAACUUUCCAUUUCUCAAUACACGUAGAAUGGUAUACAAUUCGGUUAUACAUUCCGCACGGUGAUAUAUCGGUGGUGCGUAGAAAUUAUUUUCACCUACAUGAACGUGACGGUGCCAUUUCAUAAUUUAACACUUUCUUGUUCUUCGGGUCAGUGAAAUUAUUCGAAAAAGAGGAUAUAUCUCAGCUACAAAUCAUCAAAAACAUCCCUAAUAUAGAUGAAGUGAAUGUUCUUCAGGGGCAAGAAGUUUUGUUUGAAUUGUGUCGCAUCUAUUAUACAUGAAUGGUUGGAGAUUCGCCAGACAUCGUCGAAGAAGGAUCUAUCUCAGAUCUGGGAGAUCUAGAAGGAUGGUGGGAUAAUCAAGGAAUCGUGGCAUGGAGUUUCGUCCUUUUUGGAUGUUUCUUUCUAAAUUCCAUUCUUCUCUUGGCGUUUCUUAUACGCCCGUCGCUGCGGACCAUUUCCAACAGGUUUGUCAUGAACUUAACCGUGUCAAACCUGCUGGUAUGCGCCACCAUGAUCCCGUUAUUGAUCAUGGACGCAGCCUCAACCGCACCUAUAGUAGAUUCUACGUCCAUAGGUAGUAUCUGCACGAUAUCGGAGGGUGCGGUCGCCAUCGUGACAACAUCCUCUGUGCUCUCGGUCCUCUUGAUCGCAGUGGAUCAAUAUUUUGCUGUAGUGGAUCCAUUACGUUAUCGAGCUAGAGUGGACAAAUUGAAGGCUGGCAUCUUGAUCAUGUCCAUUUGGUUCAUCUCUAUAGUCUUCGGCUUCCUAGCGUUCUUCAACCCGAAUCCUCAGAGUCUCUGGUUAUCUUGCUGUUCAAGAAACAACAACUUUCUCGUCAAUAUCACUUCGUUAUCAUUCGACAAUGGAACUAGGGAAAUAAACGUCACCGAAUUACCUCAAGUAUUAAAUACCUCGGACAAUGGUAACUCAAUGUUGGAUACAUUGAUGGACAGCAGUACCAUUACUUAUGGUUUCAUCUACGCCAUUGUAUACAGCAUUUUCGUUUAUUUCAUCCCAUUCGUCGCCAUCUGUUGGAUCUACGUCAGUAUUUAUGUGGCUGCUCAUAGAAAUUCGGUGAGAACGAGGAAAAGUGGAUCGAGACCGAUACUCUCUUCGGCUAGCUUCACCGAGGAACAAAAUGGCCCGUCUAGAGUUCAGCGUCUGCAGACAGACACUAUCGAGGAUUUUCGUAAAUUGCCAAAAAUAUCCAGCCUCUCGUCGAUCGACGAGACCAGCGAAACCGUACAACCACCGGGACAAGGAUCUAGAAGACGUUCUUUUUCGUCGGCUCUGGAGAUUGAGAUUUCCUCCCCGCCGAUGGAUGACCAACCUUCAUCAGGAAUAGUGUUCACCGUUGGACUUCAACCUUUCCAGGUAUCCCCUCGCUGUUCGAAACAUUCGGAACCCACGGAUGAUCAAUUAAGCGAUUCUGCGAGUGAGAAAAACGAUCCUCAGGUAGAAGAGCAAACAGGAAAAUCUUGGAACUCGAGUUUCGUCAUCGACCAAACCGCCGAUUCGGAGGACGAGCUUCCUCCCGAGUGUUUUGACAACAAGCUGUCUUUAGAAAACAUGUCGAAUGAUGAUAAACAGGAUGACUUGGCAGCAACAGGACAUCUGCAGCCUGAAAUUGACCCGAAGACUCAAAGACCAACAGACAGUGGGAUAUUGAAGAACUUCUCGGAAGUGAAACCUCAUCGUAGAUUAUCCACCACUUUCGUUGAUAUAGAACCUAACCUUCCUGAUAACUCAACGGUGGUUAGCAACAAGACUGACAAAGACACCGGCACCGGUGCAGCAGAAUCAUCCUCCUGCCUCUUGACACCCAUAGUAACGAUAACACCUGCGACGAAUAAAAACGAAGCUCUUCAACGGGUGGCAAGCGUCAGGAGUACCUCUAGUUAUAUAAAUUCUCUAAAAGAUAGAAUCAGCAACGGGUCUAUAUUUAGGCACAGAGAAGAGGCAAGAGCGGCGAGAAUCAGCGCUGUGGUUAUAGUGAUGGGUUUGAUUUGUUGGUCACCGUAUGUGGUACUUUUGUUGACGAAGAAUUUACCUCGUUCCACUGGCCAACAUUUGCCCCACAAGUACGACGUGUUGGCCUCGAGCUUUUUCAUCUUGGCCGCUUAUAUCAGUCCUCUGUUGUUCGGUUACCGUUCGAAAAGAGUGAAAAGAGAGCUGAGACGGUUCUUCUGUUUCCGUAAAGAGCUCUCCUACAAGAACAACAGGAGCCUGAUGGCUAAGAAGGUGCUGAAAAGGAGGCACAGCAGCACCUUGAGUCACUUCGAGAUGGACCACAAGUAUAAUAUAUUUAACUGUGUUUAUGGGAGGAACCGGUGGCCCAAAGAAAAGGUUCAGUUCGUUCAAGUACCGGACACGGCGUUAGCUGUAGAGACAUGCAGAAGUAGCUUCUCCAGCGGUGCCAGUACUCAGAUCUCUAGCACCUCCACCGAGGAAUGUUGACCAGUAUCUGUUUCAUGUUACUGACACUGAGCCUUAUACUUAAUCGUGUUAAUCAAGUGUCUGACCAGAGUUACUUAUGAACAUACCAAAUGAAACUUUUUACAUUGAAUAUUGAGAAAUAUUCGGAUUAACCGUCUGUGUAAGUACUUGAUGGUUAGAAAGUAUUCGAUCAAACAGAAUUGUUUCGAUACGAGAAUAUACAUGUAUGUAGAUUUCUUUUAUUAUUUUAAGAAUUACGAUAGAUAAGGAUACUGUUAGGUUGUUGCAGAUAUGUAGUACGAAAAGUCUGACACAGUUUCAUGGUAUACCGAAUGUGAAGCUUAAACCUUGAUGAAAAUCACUGCAUAAAUGCUUCAUUAAUGCUCUUAAUAGAAGGUGGCUGUUUGCCAAACAGAUCAAAUGAUGAAUGAUUUCGAAACGUAUGAAGUCUGACAUAAAUUCAUGACAUAAAAGUAUUGUAAAAUGGCACUUGUGCUGGUACCAUUUUGAAGCUUGAAAUACAAUGAAAACGAGGGUAUUAAUAUUUUUUAUAGGAAAAUGGUUCAGAGUAAAAUCUGCAACAAUCGAGUAGUGUAUGAGUAUUUACACUUAAUUUUCUAUUUUUUUAACAGAAUUUUUCUAUGUUACUUAAUUAUCCUCUGAUGUAGGAGUUCUAAUGAAAAAUUAAGUACCAAAGAUACACUCUUUGUAUUCAAAAAAACUCAAGUAUUUAUUAUUUCAAUGAGAAAAAGGUUAGAGGUGACAGAAGAAAAUAGUUGUUUGGCUACAAUCUUUGUAACCAACACACCCGUCUGGCUGAAGGUUACUUUUGUGAUGGUAACAGACGUCACAGGUGACUUCUUUAUACACUUACUGACUAUUUUCAGAUACAUUUGAAACGAUGGCAGCCAGUCUUUCACUUUCAUUUCAUUGACAAAGAGAGUGGUUGCCAAGUUUGUGUAUUUUACAUUUGCCAAGAAAAAUCAGAGACCAUCGAGUAAUUACGCAAACUGCGAGGAUAGUUUAACACGUUCACUGUCGUAAGGGUAAUCGUUGAUCGACAGACGAUCAUCAUUUCCCAUAUGCUAGUGAACGUGUUCAAUACGUUCGGUUUCUUUCAAAAUUUCAUUAAAACCUCACGUGAUUUUCGCGGUUCGUUGACUAAUCGUACAUAUUUGCCGAGAUAAGACACGAAAAGAUGUUUAAAAAAAUCAAUAUUUACAAUUUAUCGAACGGAAUCGAUGAAUAUUUGCGAUGCGUUUAAAUGCAAAUUAAACCAAAAAAUUUGUUAAGUUAUUCUACAAAGUAACGUCACUUUCUUGAUUGAUUAAUAAUUAACAUAAAGAUGUUAGCUAUAAAUAUCGGUGGCUAUGAUUUUCAUGAAAAAAUUCCAAAUCUAUAGGAUGAUUUGACAAGAGUAGGUGUGAAAAAUGAUUUGUCUCCAAAAAUCAAUAUUAUUUUUCUGUAUACCUGAAUACAUGACAAUUUGAUUAGAUGGUAAUAAAAAGUAAAAAGAUGGCACUUGAAAGAAUGUAAAAAUAAUUCGUUUGGCAGUUCUAUAAAUAAGGAACAGUAAAAAAAAAAAAAAGGUGGUUGUGCAUAGAUGACACGCGGUCAUAUAUUUAUAGUUCAAUGUUUGUGUGAAAUAAGCUUCACAAACGUUUAUUCUCUUACUAUCUUUUUUUUUCUUCGUGAAAUUUCACUAGUAUUAAAUUACAUAUCUGUUAGGUUUAUUAGUCAGUGUCGACGAGGCUGUUUUAACGCGGUGACAUCGAUGUUUUGCACCGCAGCAUUUAUCGAAGCAGCAGAAUUAUACAGAACGUCUCAAGAAUAGUGUACAUUGAGUUGCAUUGAACUUGUCGCAGUGAAAUUGGCUACAAAUCGGCUCACGAACGCUGCGUGAAUGCGUUAGUGAAUUUGUAGCCAACUUCACUGCAACUCAUCGUAUACUAGGGAUGUUCGGGUAUCCGAUAUUACGGGCUCGGAAAAGAUCGGGCGGGCUCGGGCGGGUGUCCGAUAUUUCGGGUUCGGUCGGAUACAGUCGGGAUGAUUCGGACGAGCAUCCGCGGCCCGCGAUCCAACUCUCAUGUACUUAUUAAUACUUGCAAUAAGCAUGUGCAAAAUUUGUUUUAUAUGAAAUUUUGGAAUAAAAUAAUUUAAUAAUAAAAUAAUUUCGGUGCUCGUCCGAAUCUGCCCGACUGUACCCGACCGAACCCGAAAUAGUCGGGCUACCCGACUGCGCGCAUGUAUCGGACGCACGCCCGAACCCAUCCGAUGUUUUCCGAACCGACCCGACUAGUCGGGAACCCGACAAUGUAGUACGUGGUGGAAAUGUUGGGUUGUGAUUUUCUUUCAUAUCUAGGACGCAAUUUGUGAAACAGCUAAUGGAGUAAGGAAUCAGUUUCUAUAUUACCGUAGAUAAAUAUGAUUGGUAGUCACUUUAAGGUUAAAGGUUUAGUAUCUUUUUUUUUUUGAAACGUCCUGUACAUACGUACGAACAACCAGGAGACUGUAACUGCUUUGAUUACACUUUCAACAUAGCAACACUUGAAUAAGCUAUUUAUUGAUACAUACCUAUCAAAGUAUUUUUUUUUUCCCCCAUAAGUACAUACGUCGAUUAAUGUAAAUAUGUACACAACGUAUCUCUCAUGACGAAUCUUAUACCUUGAAGUGUCAAGGAUGCUAUCCACUCCUCCUCCAUCGCUAUCUAUUUUGUACAUUACAAAUAAAGGAUACUUUUCUCUUUUUUA